AUGCCAAGAGAGGAAAGAAAGCAAUUGCGUAAGGAGUCAUUUGCUUCCUUACUUGCGAUCGGGCUGAAUAAUACCGGGACUACUUCUGUCUUCUUCCAAUCUGAUGUUGGUCAACCCCUUUCUGAAAUGACAAGAUUGCUAAAGUCCAAACUGAAUCUCCCCGAUGAAACAUCGUUGGCUGCUGACGAGGCUACUGCUGUGUUGAAGCUUGGACUAUUCUCAUAUCCUGUCUUACAAGCUGCAGAUAUUCUUCUUUACGACACUGCACUCGUUCCCGUAGGCCAUGACCAAUUGCAACACGUCGAAUUCGCUCGCACCCUAGCUAGAGGGUUCAAUUCAUAUCUGACCGAGACCCAAGCUGAGCCUGUCUUUGCCAUCCCGAAGGCAGUUGUGGUUCCUGGAAAGAGAGUCAUGUCGCUCAGGAAGCCCACGCAGAAAAUGUCAAAAUCAGACGCUGAUCCAAGAUCACGAAUAUCAAUUAUAGAUUCGCCAGAAGAAAUCCGCCAAAAGAUAAAAGGAGCCACAACGGAUUCCAUAUCCGGCAUUUCGUACGAUCCAGAGAAACGGCCAGGGGUUUCAAAUCUCAUUGAGAUCUACAAACACGUAACCGAAACGCCAGAGUCCUGUGACACUAUCGCCCAAGACAAUCAAAUCAUCUCUAUGCAAGGGCUGAAAGAUAUGGUUGCUUCAGCGAUAACAAAAGAGCUUGAGGGCACCCGCUCACAUUUUUUGCAGCUAAUGGAUCAGAACAAUGAAACACUCUCAGAAGAAAUCCAACUUGGUGCUACCAGGGCGCGAGCAAAGGCCGGAAUUACAUUUUCAAAGGUCCAGCAGUCAUUGGGUAUCUCAUAG